AAUCUGUACGCAAUGUUACAAAAUUCCCUAAAAAGUAUUCGGUUCCAAAGUGCCACAGUGUUGAUUUAAAAUUCAUUUACUCAGCAAAAAUAUCGGGGUUUAUGACCAAAUUGUAUUGAUAUUUUUAACGAAAAGUUCCGGAACAGAAAACUUCGGAUGCGGACGGCUCCCAGCCCGGAAACGUGCUGCCCGGUAAAGAUAUUUGUGGACUCUAUUCACCUACGCCUGCCACUAAUUCAUAUGCAGAUUUAUGGGACUUUCCGUGGAUAGCCCGGCUUGCCUACGAAGAAGUGUAUUUAGGUGUGGAGGCGCUUUGAUAAACUCCCGCUACGUCCUGACCGCCGCUCACUGUCUGCCGAGGCCAGACCUUAGCCCUACCCAUGUUCGCCUGGGUGAAUGGAACACCAGCACCGAUCCCGACUGCGUAACCCGCUUGAAUAAGGAGCCCAUCUGCGCCCCCAAAGUCAUCGACGUGGAGGUGGAAAAGGCUAUUAUACAUGAACAAUAUCUGCGGAAAUCCGUGGACCAGAGGAGUGAUAUUGCACUGUUGCGCCUUAAGGAGAGUGUCAGCUACACCGACUUUGUGCGACCCAUUUGCCUGCCAACCGACGAGGAGUUGAGGGACAACUCCUUCGAAGACCAAGCCAUGUUUGUGUCCGGCUGGACAUCCAACAAGUAUUUAGAAACAAGUCCGAUCAAGAUAAAGAGAACACUCAACGUGUGGAACCUGACGAGUUGCCAGGAGAAGUACAGUUCCUACAAGGUUCCGCUGGACAUCUCGCAACUGUGUGCUGGUGGCCAGUCGGGAGACGACACCUGCGUCAGUGGUCCACUGAUGGUGCCCUUAGAAUCUGGCGGUCAUAAGGUGUUCUACAUUGCUGCUUUCAGCUCCUACGGAACGAGUCCGUGCGGAAUAAAGGGCUGGCCCGACGUUUUUACACGCAUCGGAGCUUACGUCGAUUGGAUACAACAAAAAUUGGAGGCAUAAUCGAUAAAGUUUCUCAGCUAUCUGCAUUUUUCAUAUCUACAAAAUUUGUUUAAAAAGAAUUACUAUUUAAAUAAGCUUUAAAGGAAUUGGUAUUCGUGUUUCGUUUACAUAUUAAACUUAAUGAGAAAUAGAAAAAACUAUUUAAUGGACGACGAUUAUUUUGUAAUUAAUAAAAAGGAAAAAAUAAAAAGAAGAAAAAAA